UUCCUUCAAUUCUAAUUUCUGGAAUAAAAAAUAAAUUAUCAGAGCAAAAGAAAGAAGAAAUUGCUGAAGAUUUUAUAAAACAAAUAACCUACUCAUUUGGGACAAAAAGAAACGAUCAAGUAGAAGAAGCUGUUAAAGCAUACUCAGAAUCAAACGCAUUUCAAACAGUUACAACAAAUGCUUAUAAUAAAGGAAAAGAAUAUUGGGCAGAAUCUUGGGGACAUUAUCUUACAAGAAGAGUAUAUCAGGAAAAAUUUUCUUUGAAGAGAGAAGAAUAA